CAAACAUGAUUACACUGCCAGGAGCAUCCUUGUCUAACCUCUCGUCCCAAGCGCAUCUGAAUCCAGAACAUAAGAGCAGAGGAACUGAAUAGCUUGGAAGCAGUGACUUUAAAAUAAAACAAUCGUUUUAACAUUGUUAUAGCUGUAUCAUAAUACCUUAUUGACAGUCAGAGUAAAGUGUAAAUCAUUUUAACAAUUUGGCUGCAGGCUAUGGAGCGGCUGCUGUGCGUGCUGUUGGUGUUCCUGGCUUGCUGUGUUGUCCAAACAAACGCAGAGACAGUAUGCGGGAUUAGGCAGUUCUUGUGUGGGAACGGGAAGUGCAUUACGCUGAGAUGGGUGUGUGACGGAACAGAUGAUUGUGGAGAUGGAACUGACGAGCUCCCCGGAACCUGCUCGGCCAGAACAUGCAGAACCACAGAGUUUAGCUGUGGUGGACGUCUGAACCAGUGUGUUCCCAGUACCUGGCUCUGUGACGGCAAAGCAGACUGUGAAAAUGGAGCUGAUGAGGAGAGCUGUGCGCCCAAGCGCUGCACAGAUAACAAAUUCCGCUGCAGUAACGGCCAGUGUGUGUCAGCCUCUUUUGUGUGUGAUGAGGAGUUGGACUGUGAUGACGGGAGCGACGAGGCUUCCUGCCCACCCACCACCUGUAGCUCCACCUCCUUCCAGUGCAACAACUCUGUGUGUGUGCCGCGCCUGUGGGCCUGCGACGGAGACGUUGACUGCUCGGAUGGCUCCGAUGAGUGGCCCCAGAACUGUGGGACGCGAGCCCCUGAGGGUGCCCCCAAGCCCUGCUCCCUUCGGGAGUUCCAAUGUGGCAGCGGGGAGUGUAUCCACGGCAGCUGGAAAUGUGAUGGAGGGUUCGACUGCCUGGAUCGCUCUGACGAGACCAACUGUAGCCGCCUCACCUGCCGCCCCGAUGAUUUCCAAUGCGGUGAUGGCACCUGUAUCCACGGCGGUCGCCAAUGUAACCGCCAGUACGACUGCAGAGACUUGAGUGAUGAAAUAGGCUGUGUCAAUGUGAGCCAUUGCAAGGGUCCCACCAGGUUUAAGUGCCGUAGUGGGGAGUGCAUCAGCAUGGAGAAGGUGUGUGACAAGCAGCGUGACUGCAGGGACUGGUCAGAUGAGCCUCUCAGAGAGUGUGAUUCCAACGAGUGCCUGUACAACAAUGGCGGCUGCUCACACAUCUGCAAUGACCUGAAGAUCGGCUAUGAGUGCCAAUGCCCCACCGGCUACUACCUGACGGACAAGAAACACUGUGAAGAUAUCGAUGAGUGUGCCAACCCAGACAUCUGCAGCCAGAUCUGUGUCAAUCAUAUGGGCAGCUACAAGUGCGAGUGUGAGGAGGGCUACCAGGUCGACCCAGCCACAAAAGCCUGCAAGGCCAUCGGCACUGUAGCCUAUCUGUUCUUCACCAAUCGCCAUGAGGUGAGGAAGAUGACACUGGACAAGAGUGAGUACACGCGUGUCAUCCCCCGCCUGAAGAAUGCAGUGGCUCUGGACAUGAACAUGGUUGCCAAGGAGAUUUACUGGUCUGACCUCUCCCAGAAGAAGAUCUACAGCACCUCAAUAGACUUGGCUGCAGACACAGCGCAACACAAAGUUGUGAUUGACAGCGACAUCGAAGCUCCGGAGGGCAUCGCCUUUGACUGGGUCCACGGCAACAUCUACUGGACCGACAGUAUCCGCAGCAGCAUCUCUGUGUCAACCGCCAACGGGAGCCGCCGCAAGACUCUCUUCCAGAAUGAUCUGGCCAAGCCCCGCGCUAUUGUGGUCGACCCCCACAGCAACUUCAUGUACUGGACUGACUGGGGAACUCCAGCCAAGAUUGAGAAGGGAGGUCUGAACGGAGGGGACCGUGCUGCUCUGGUCACAGACGACAUUGUGUGGCCCAAUGGAAUCACCCUUGACCUGCUGAACCAGCGGCUGUACUGGGUGGACUCCAAGCUGCACACCCUCUCCAGUAUCAACGUCCAGGGUGGUGGCCGAAGAACACUCAUUAUAGAUGAACACAGGCUAGCCCAUCCCCUAGGCAUCACUGUGUUUGAGGAAAGAGUGUUUUGGACAGAUGUCAGCAACAAUGCCAUUCUGAGUGCCAACCGUGUGACAGGCAGGGACAUCAAGCCUGUGGCAGAGCACCUGGUAUCCCCAGAGGACAUUGUGUUGUACCACAACCUCAAACAGCCAACUGGCAGGGACUGGUGCAAGGUGGCCAACGGAGGCUGUGAGUUCAUGUGUCUGGCAGCCCCCCAGGUGGGCAUACAUUCCCCCAAGUACACCUGUGCAUGCCCUGACAACAUGCUGCUGGCCAAAGACAUGAGGAAAUGUGUACCAGCUGCACCAACACCUGCAGCUCCAGUCAAGCCCAUUGUUCCCGCCUCCAACCCCCCACCGGCACCCGCCCACACCUCCCCUGCACCUCCAGCCCGCGCCACCACUAAGGCCCCCAUCAUCGCUACCACAGUUACGCCUGCGCCUCCCCGCACUACCAAGCCUGUGCCAUGCAACUCCCAACCUGCCCAGCCAGAUAGACCCAGGAUCCCCCAGGCCCAGACUACCACAGUGCCUCAAGUCACCACUCAGGACAUCCGCCAUGAAUUUGCUGCUAUACCCACAGCCCCUUCAACCCCUGCAGCUUUAUACAUCGCGCUGCCUAUAGCCAUUGUGUGUCUGGUGGCCUUUGGUGCCAUGCUGGUGUGGAGGAACUACAGGCUGAAGAACACUAACACCAUUCACUUUGAAAACCCAGUCUACCAGAAGACCACUGAAGAACAGGUGCACAUAUGCAGGAGCCACAGUUCAGACGGCUACUCCUACCCACCGAGACAGAUUGUGAGUCUUGAUGAUGAGGCUUGACCGUAGUGCUGCCGUUCCCUGCCAACACAAACGCUUUAAGAGGAGAAAGCAGAGGAGUAAGAGAAACAUUUUAUAUAAGCUACCUGGACAAUCUUAUUUAAAAAAUGUUACCUCACAACCUCAAAGACAUAAGAAGGCAGAGAAAGUGUCAUACCGCUGACCAAACCACUGUGUGCUCAAAGACAAAUGGAAGCUCUGGAAAGAAAAGCAGGAAAAGGAGGAAGAUUUCUCAUUCAUGUGUCUUUCUUGCCCAUUUGUGCACAAUCCAGAGCCAUAAGAGACCAUCAACUCAUCUCCACCAAGCUUGAGUUUUAUUGGCCCAUUCUACACCAUAGUAUUUUUCUCAGAGACUAUUUGUCUGAACUGUGAAAUGUCUUACAAAUAGAAGACUGUUUAGAAGUUGAACCCCAUUAUGAAAGAACAGUAAUGUAAUUGUAAUAUUUGAGUGUUUUGUGUUUGUGAAGAAGUGCCCUUGAUAUAUGAGGUUAAUGCAACUUUAUUUAACACCACUUAGAAUUGAGAAAAAUCUCUCUUUCUUGUUACGUAGAAUUCAGAAAUUAGGUAUUGUAAAUAACGUAGGUAUUUAUUUUACUUAUGUCCGAGACUGACAAAAUGUUGAGAAAUAAUGAGCGGAUCAUAUCUUUUACUAUGUCUAGACUAAUUUCUUUGUUCCUGAAUUGUUUUAAUAUCAAAAUCGGACUUAAACUAACACCUGAGCCACUUGUUGAAAUGAAACCCUUUGAUAGUGAA